UGACUUUAAUUUGUACAUGUGGAAAAUUCCAGAGAGUGGACCAGGAACAUGGGUACCUUCUGCCCACAUGAUUCUCACUGGACAUCGCUCUAUUGUCAAUCAAGUGCGUUUCAAUUCCACUAACCAUCUGAUUGCUUCAUCUGGUGUUGAGAAAAAUGAUAAAGGUUUGGAGUCCUUUUCCUUUGCCAAACUCAAAUGGAGAUGACACACAUCAUCGAAGAGUCUUUUCUCAUGAAGAAUACAUUGGUUUAGUUUUGUCCAGUGGCCAGUUUAUCUCGCAUGACUACAGUCACGAAUCCACAAAGGAAGACCCACGGAUGAUGGCUUUUUUCGAUUCCUUGGUGCAGCGUGAGAUAGAAGGUUGGACAUCAGGGCCAGACAGUCACAGUGAACCUCCCUCCCCACUCGCCUCAGAUCAUGUCAUAUGUGAUGAUUCUUCAAGUUGCAGUGGAUCUGAAAAUGAAGAAAAAAAUCAUAAAGGUAAAUUAUUAAUAAAG